UUCCUAAUUUAUUACUUCUUUGCUUAUUCGGUGGCGAAACCUUUGGAUCCGAAGCUUCGCUGUACCUCCAGUUCCAGUUAUUAUUCUUUCCACCGCCGUCACUCUAAUACUCCAUCACCUCUGCUCCCAAAUUAUACUGAAAAAAUGAGCAAUGAAAAUUUGAUCCUCAAGAUCAGGCUGCUGCUUCUUGCUUGGUUUCAUCUCCGAUCCCAACCCGGUCCACCAUCUCUUGUGAAAUGGUUCUCAUACAAAGAUAUAAAGAAGGCAACUGACGGGUUUAAAAGAGUUAUCCAGAGCUCUUCUCGAGGGGCUUCUUACAAGGCCAUAUUUCAAAAUGGCCAUCCUGCUACAGUAAAAGAAGUCAAACUUUCUGAUGAAGAUGAUGAUUCCUUCUAUAGGGAAGUUCAACUCUUGGGCCGUCUGCAUCACCGCCACAUUGUUGCCCUUUGUGGGUUUUCCACUGGAUCUAAGCGGUUCCUAGUCUUUGAGAACAUGGAAAAGGGGAGCUUAAAGGAGCAUCUGUCUGAUCCUCUGAAGACUCCCUUGAAUUGGAGAACAAGGCUACAGAUAGCAAUUGGCAUAGCUGCUGCAGUGGAAUAUUUGCAUUUUUUCUGUGAUCCACCAAUUUAUCAUGUCACCAUAAGUUCAAGCACCAUAAUGUUGGACGAAAAUUUGAUCCCAAAGAUUUCUGACAUUAGCUUAUUUAAUGCUGCUGCAAAUUGCAUGAAGCCACCGACAUCUUCUCGUUGUUCAAAAGAAUGCACAGAGCAGGGAUGCAAAAACAUGAUCUUCCAACUUGGUUUGGUGAUUCUGGAGCUGAUCACUGGUCAAUCAUCAGAAAAGGGUGGUGUGGAUUUAGUCCAAUGGGUUCAAGAAUCUCAUUUUCCAAGAUCCAUACACAAGAUGAUAGAUCCUGAUCUUGGAAAUAACUAUGAUCCAAGAGAGCUAAAUGGUCUUCUAAAUGUUGCAAGAUUAUGCAUAAAAUCUGUAGAUAAGCCAAGAAUAUAUACCCCUCAAAUCUUAUGGUACUUGCAGAAGAAGAUAGGAAUCACACGAAAAUAAGUAAUGAUUGGGUGAUCAUAUGUGGUUACAUCUGAUCCAAGGCACAGGGACCUGUUGGACCUAUGAUCACUGAGAUUACAUGUCUACUGGCUCGAAAGACGGGUAAUUUUACUUUAGUAUUUAAAAUUUACAAGGGGAAAAUAGCAAAGCACAAGGAAGAAUUUCCAGCAUGAAGCUUACUAGUUAUUAUAGCAUCACGGUGUCAACUUGUUAACCGAAUAUUUAUCUUGUACAAUGCUUAGAGGUUGUUUGUGAUUUGCGAGAAGCAGCGUCUUUUCUUAAAGUAGAAAUUGAUAUCAUAAAAAUGUGUUUAUCUAGUUGUGUGUUUUUGGACAGAUUAAUCUCAAGAAUAGGUAAAAGCUGCUGCAGAUUGAUGUUAUGAAAUCAAACACAAAGUAGAAAUGUUUAGUCAAGUAUCAACUUCCCUACUUGUCUAAGCAUUUAUUUCUUCCGCACUUCAAUCUCUACAUCCAAAUGUUUUGAAGGACAAAAUGUGUUUGGUUAAUGUCUUCUCACGGACGACUAACUAACUAUUAUGUAUGCUGUCUUGUAUACAAAUUACAAUAGGCGUGUUGUGUUGUGUUGUGUUUUCUCUUGUAUCAUAUCAUAGCCCACCAACUACUUUAUUUUGUUUUUGCAUUUUCAUUUAUAUCCAUCCACUUCA